AUGUCGGACUCCGGCCGUUCCCCUCGCCCUGCUCAUAUUCCUGGUCUCAUGGCUUCUAUCGAUGACCUACGCCUCUAUUACGCUGUGAUCUACCAUGAGAUCCUCCCAAGCCUGAAGGAGAUGGUUCAAUCUAUGAAUACUUCUCUACAGACCAGGUUUGAUCAGUGGACUAUCAAGCGAAGCCACUGCAGAAUACCCGAAUAUCUGAUUCUGGAGACUUCCUUCUACAAGAGAGGUAGAUAUGAAGUCCUCGAGGGGCUCCAUACGCCGCUCGGUUCUAUACCACUUGGUCUUGGUGGGGAAGGCUCUAACGACCACAAACUCUCUAGAAAGUUUCUAGACGACUUCGAUUGGGAAAUCACGGACGUUACUGACCGAGUUCUACAUUACUGGUAUUAUCAAGACGACGACACGGCCUGGGGACCUUUUGAAUUCGAAGAAGUGCCCUGGUAUGAUGCAGAUCCAACGACUCGACUGUACAUUGUUCAACGUAUUCGCCAGACUUCCUUCGUUUCUGAUCAGAGCACGGUGGAGCCAAUUGUCUUCUCCCGCAUCGUCCUUAAGUAUCCUGAACAGUACGAUGAAAAUGAUAGAAUAUUUGAAGAACUAUCAAGGAGCACAUCGUGA